AUGCGGCAACUCUUGUGCUCGUUUGUGUUGUUCAUUUCAACUCUUGAAGCAAUCCCAAUGCUUUUGAAUAAACCGUUCACCGGUGGAGAGAAAUUCAGCGGAUUUGACUACAUGGAAGCUCCGAAAAGCGAAUCCCUAUGGCCUUUGUCAUUCUCUAAUGAAGACUUGUUCCGAAAUCUCAGAAAUAUGGAUGUUGACGGAGUUGAGGCACAAUCGAUUCCCGAUGAGGAAAAGGCACUUGCAAUGUUCGGCCCAAAGUACAUGCAAAACUUUGGUGGCCUAGAAGAAACGUCGAGACUCCCGCAAAUGCCAUUUGACGGAAUCGAGGAUCGCUCGUUCAAUAUGGACACUCAGCCUGGAGUUGCGCCAAAGUUCACUGGCACUUUCGUCACCGAAAAGCCAAAAGAAGAAAAGGAAGAAGGAAAGCAAGAAAUGUCAAUUAAAGAAGAGGAUUUAAAGCUUUUGGAUCCCGACUAUAUCGAUGCUCCAGUCAUCAAUCCGGCCAACUAUUUCUUGGAGGGAGCAGAUUUAGCGAAGGUGCCUGCACCAAAAUGUCAAAUGAUCGGCUGCACUGGACCACACGUGAACGACGGCUCGUUCACUUUCGAUGACAAGAAAGAUUCCUCAAAGACAGAGCAAUGCCACUCGACUUUUGUCCCAUUGAAUGGCUGCCUAGAUGGGAAGGGAUACCCGAUGGGCAUGGUGUGCCAAAUUUGUUGCGAUUGCGCCAACUCGUUCGUCGCCGAGAUGCAAAAGUCUCGGGGUUUCAGAACUGGCUACAAGGAUCCACAUCAU